GUAACGGAAACGGAAUCGACGUACGUUAUCGCGGACGGAACGAAAGAACGAAACGGCUCGCAACUUGCUUUUUAGAUUUUUCCCCUUAUCAAAAUCGGUGUUUUCGGUUUUUCGGUAAAGGACAAAGGGUCUAGGACUAGGACUAGGAUAUCGUAGAUGAAGCCAAGAUUUUGACGAAUUAAAGCGUGCUACGAAUAGGUAAAUAAUAAUUUCCCAAUGAGAAGUUUCCUGUUUUUAUAUGGCAUCGUUCUUUGGGUGAUUUCAACGACAAAUUGUUGUAUGGUGGAGACAAUCAACGGUUAUGUCGAAGGAGGCAAUAUAACCGUGUUCAGCUUUUUGUAUCCGGAGUCGUUCGAUAUAAGUUUGUCUUCGCAGUUGGGCGACGCCGAUUUAUAUAUAUCCAACAGUCUUCAAUUACCAACGUACGAACCAAACUCGUACAUCCUUCACUCUGCAACUUGCGGCGUCGAUACUGUUCACGUUCAUAAACGUUUGAAAAGACCUAUAUACGUUUCGGUUUACGGUCAUCCGUCGUACAAAGUUUCCGUUUACGAAUUGAGCAUCAUCUCGAGGCCGAGUACGGAAGAAGAUAAUAUCGAUUUCGAGUUAUUGGACGUGAACGAAGAUUCGCCCUCGUCCUCAUUCUACGACAAUAUAUCGUUGGCGGAAAAUAACGAAAAACCAGUCGCCGCAUCUGCUCAGGAUUCUCACGAAGACGACGACCAUUCGUCCGAAAGCAAAGAUCAUUCCGAUCCAUCGGCGUUCUUUUGGUUUAUUAUGAAUACGAUGAUAGAAAUAUUGUUUUGAACUGUCGCGAUUAAGAGAAAA